CAAGAGACAGGACUGGCGAACAAGAAGCAUCACAUCACUCCUGCUCAAAGGUGUGUGAGGAAGACUUUAACAUUUGAAGAUUUUGCUUAGUCUUUCUCUUGCUCCUUUUUUUGGCUUUUUUUUUCUACCGCCGUUGUCGUCCAUAACCCGGAAAACAAACUUUGGACUUUUUUGGUACCGGAUGCUGAGAUGCGCACAAAGUGACAGCGGUCCUCUGUCCUCUUCCUCUGUCCUCAGCGAGCUAUAACAACGCAAUGAAAGACGACUUUGCAGACGAGGAGGAAGUACAGUCUUUUGGAUACAAGCGGUUCGGGAUCCAGGAGGGCACCGAGUGCACCAAGUGUAAGAAUGAAUGGGCGCUGAAGACCUCCAUAGCCUUGCUCUACGUCUUGUGCACACUCCUCACCAUUGCUGUGGCUGUGCUUGGAUAUAAAGUGGUGCAAAGAGUGGACAGCGUGUCUGCAGGCAUUGCCAACUAUGGAGGCAAGAUUAUUGCAGUGGAAACUGACUUGAAAAAGCUAGAUGAUCAAACAGGGGAAAAGUCAGAGAACACCAGCACAGAGAUCCAGACUUUUAAGAACAAGGUCAGGACACUUCAGAUACAGCUGUCCAUGAUGGAAGAGCAUAUUCACAGUGACCAGGCCAAGUUGAGCCAACUGCAGAACCUCGGGUCAGACAUCCAGAGCAGCCAGGGUUCCAUUCAGGGUCUGCUGGAUAGCAACACGGCCACCUUGCGCUUCGUCAACAGCACCUUACAUUCUUAUGGCAGCAUCAUUGAGGGUCUGCAAGAUGACACAGUCAGGCUGCAGAGAGAUCUUCAGCAGCAGGUGAAACUUCAGAACCAGGUCUUGCUGAGCAUUGGCGGCCUGAACCUCACACAAGCCCAGCAGCGGGGCAUCAUUAACUCUCUGCACCGGGCCGUGGAUGACACCAGUCAGAGCAUUCAGAAAAUCCGCAAUGACUUUCAAAGCCUUGAGCAGACCACCCGUCAGACACUGUCUGAUAGCGAGUGGCUCCGAAGUAAAGUGGACAAUCUCCAGGUUCUGGCCACAAAUGCCUCGAUACUCUCCAAGGCCAACAACGACAGCUUGGAGGAGGUCGCAUCCCAGCUGGCCUUCGUGUCAGACCAGUUACAGAACACCAGUGGCUUGGCUGACGCCCACGCCCAGGCCCUGAGGGAGAUUCUCGACAGGCAAAAGGACUUUGGCAAUGUUACGUCCUCUAAAUUUGAGCGGCUAGAGGUCCGCCUCGAUGAGUCAGAGCAGAGCAUGGACCGUGUGACAGGCAACAUCAGUUUUACCACGCAGCUCCUGGGCGCCAUCAACCUCAACUUGAACGACCUGCGCUCUUGUUCCGAGACAGUUGGUCGUCACUCUGAGUUCUUGCUGAACCUCAACGAUAGCAUGGCUGACAUGAGGACGGAUGAGGCCGGCCUGAGAUCGCAGCAAGAGGACCUGGCGACACGUUUGGACAAAGAGGUCACCAACCUCUCCAUCAUCAUGGAGGAGAUGAAGCUGGUGGACACCAAGCACUCCCAGUUAAUAACCAACUUCACUAUACUACAAGGUCCUCCUGGUCCCAGAGGGCCAAGGGGGGACAAAGGGCCUUCAGGGCCAUCUGGUCAACCCGGUCAGAAAGGCGAAAAAGGGGAAAAGGGUGCAUCAGGGAUACGGGGACCAAGAGGAGAGCAGGGUAUUCCAGGCCCAUCGGGUCUUCCAGGUUUAAAAGGUCUUCCAGGCGUCCCAGGCAACCCAGGGUCUAAGGGUCCCAGAGGGUCCGGAGGAAGAGCUGGACCUCCGGGAGGUAAAGGCGAGCCGGGCACUGCCGGUCUGCCUGGCAGAGAUGGACAGCCUGGUCCACAGGGGGCACAGGGCCCACCGGGCAUUCGAGGGCCAAUGGGGCCAGCUGGAGAACAGGGGCCACGGGGACUGCAGGGACCAGUGGGGCCUCCAGGGCCAGCAGGGCCACCGGGACCAUCAGGAAUUCCCACACGUGGAUCAGUUAUUCCCUUGGGUCCAGUGUCUAUGCAGGAUGAAGCAGUAGCUCCAACACACUGGACACCAAGAUGUCCUUCCGAGUGGCUUCACUACAGAGACAAGUGCUACUUCUUCUCCAAAGACCAGCGCAGUUUUGAUGAUGCAAAGACCACUUGUGAAUUCAACUCUGCUUCCUUGUUAAUCAUCAGUGAUGCGGAGGAACAGAAAUGGCUGAUGCAGCAGGCAUCGGGGAAGGGCUACUUCUGGAUGGCUCUGACCGACAGAGAGGAAGAGAAUGUGUGGCGCUGGCUGGACGGCAGCGAGCCUGCAUUCACGAAGUGGAAGGCCGGCCAGCCUGACAACUGGGGUCACGGCCAUGAAAGUGGGGAGGACUGUGCAGGUCUCAUCCACCAAGGCUUGUGGAAUGACUUCUCCUGUGGAGACCUCAUAAACUACAUUUGUGAGAAACAACAGGAGACAACAGGGAGCCCGGGCUCCUAGCGCUGACUUGCAAGGUGGCGGGUGUGGUGCUGGGAUUCCAAUGAGCAGCUAGACUGGACCUGCUUGGUUCUGGUCCAAAUGGAAACAACAAAGGGACACAUUUGGGCCUAUGAAAACUUUCUCUUCCCAAGGGUCCAAUGAGUGCAAUACAGCAGACAGCCAAAGAAAGACAAGCUAUCAUUUUUGACUGCUUGAUAUAUAUUUUGAUGGUACAUGUUAUAUAUUUUACUAUCCUUGUCAUGAAUGUCAGUUAUUACCUGAUGAAUUUAUUGGACAUUGAUUUAGGUUUAGUCGUGCCUUGUGUCCAUGAAGAAGAAGCUCUCAGGUCAAUACAACAAAUAAAUAUGACAAAUCCAUCA